CCGCCUCCCCGAGUAGCAGACCAAUCGGAUGGGUCGAGGAGAUAUGUUGCCAAAAAAUCAAGUUGCUGUUUGACUUGUUUGUUUGUUUGAAACUUGAAGGCCUUUUUGGCCAGGAUUUCCAUCGGCGAUAUCACACAAAUAUACUCAGUUUCUCCAGAAACCAUCAUCCGAUUUUUGAAAUUCUUGCUGCGUUGUACUCGGGUUAAAGUGGCCACGAGAGCCAGACUCUGCAGCAUUUUGACUAGUGGUGUGCGAUACUGCAUAUGUUGGUAUCGAUCCGAUACCAAGUAAACACAGAUCGCCGAUAUCGAUACUUUUUAAGAACUAAAAUAGAUGCAUCAUCAAAUUGCCAAAUAUCAAUUGUUCAUGACCUUGAAGUAUUUUUGUGAUGUCUCAUUUUUUAUUAUUAAAUAUUUAAAACCCAGAAAAGAAUUGAGACAAAUUUUAUUGGUAAAUAAAACAUACAUUAAUAUCAUAAUAACUUUUUUCCCCCAGAAGCAAUAGAACAGUAACAAAUGAAGUGCACAAAGUGAUCACUGAAAAUACUGUACUCCUAUACAAAAAUUUAAAACAUAUCCCUUCUGUGCACGCCUUUUUGUUUUUGAAAAAAAAAAACAACUACAGGUAGCGUUUUGUCGAAAAAUAAGCAACCCUGUGCAGAACAAAUGCUUUGUUUAAGAGUUUUUGUUUAAGAACAGCAUUGUUUAUAUUUUUUGCUGUUAAUGCGCUUCUUGUGUGACUUAACUGCCAGGCCUCCACAUUAACGUGGAUAUUUGAAUUCAACAGCCGUGAAUGGCAGUGAAUGAGUUCACUGCGGCUUUUGAAAACAUCCUCUCGGCUGAAACUGAUGUUCCAAUCACUGUCAGGUAUUUGCCCAGAGCGGGGAAUGUUGAUUGGUUGUUUUUCCACCAAAGUAGAUCAUCUAUGUGAUAUAUCAUAUUGUGUUCCUUUUACAGGUAAUAUAAAAGGUAACACUAUUCAAUUGAUUAUGAGCCAUAUUAUAUUCAGUAUUUUUGUUUCAAUUCCAGUAAAUGUAUUCAUUUCAACAACAUUUGAAUGUACAGUAAAUUCCAUGGUAUUACACAAACAGAAUGUAUUAGAUCAAGGUCUAAGCAUAAUUGAUACUUUUUAAGUUGGCUCAAAUCACAAAUAGACAGUUGAAAUUUGAUAAUGAUUUCUGCCAGGCUCUUUGUGAUCUCUGCUCUUGCUUGCUUCUGACCGGUGUGCUUCUGAAUGAUGUGCCGUUUAUUCGGACAAAAUAGACGACAAGCAGAACCUCCAUGUAAAUCGUACUGUCCACUCGAGCUCCGAGACAAAUAAGCAGCUGAAGAUAUCGACUUCCCGGAAGUUAGUUCGGUUGGUCAUCGCGUCAAGCUAGCGAGUUUCAACUGUUAAAACUACUAAUUGGAAAUGCAACUGUGUUGACAUGUACCCAUUGUAAGACAGGAAAAGACAUAACAAUAACAUUGAGACCAGAAAUACAGAAAAUAAACAAAGAGAAACAUUAGGAUGGUUCAGGAUUACAAACCGAAUGAAAUAAGGUCACCCAGGUCUCCUACAGGAGGAUCGUGCAAUAGGGUAGAGGUGGGGGCGCAGGAAGCAGUUAUAGUGGGGACCACAGAAGAAGAAAGGAAAGAGGAGGAACAAAAUUCUGAGCUGAGACAGCAGAAACGGCGAGUCUGGCAUCGCCCGCUUGACGAACCCAAAGAGUGCACGCAAGGGGGAAACCGAAAGCAGAGUAGCGAUAUUUCCACGCUAGUAUCGAUCCGAUUCAAUGCUGACCUGGUAUCGGUACUAUCUUUUACUCCUUUCGAGUUCAAUCAAGGCUCAAAGUUGUUCUUAGGGUUUAACAGACAUUUAAUGUUGCCAACAUGUCUUUACAUGUCCCAACAUUGCCCCAUCAAUGCCGUCAGAACGAAGAAAAGCGGCAUAAAACUCAGUUAGCACACAAAUAUGAAGGAUACAAAUGAAACUUUUAGGGAAGCAAAUCGCAAAAUAUUUGCGUCAUUGGCCACAUUCACUCAAAAGGAAUAAAGGUCCACAUAUCUUCUUAACAAAAAAACACAUCUUGUCCUCUGAGCAAACUCCUAACUUGUCUCCUUAAGUGUUUCAAUUAACUGUAUCCUCUAACAACGAUGCAUACACGUGGAACCAAAUAUAAGUUCCCCACCUUCUCAAUGCAUUUUAAUCCAAAUAAAUGACCUGAAAUGUAUCAUUUAUUCAGUAUUUAACAUUUUACAUGAAAUAAUGUAUUUUUAAACCAAAUCAAAAACAUGUACUAAAUAAAUGAAAUAUAUGAGUUGCUCAUGACGGCGGCUACACUAUCGAUAUUUUGGUGACUAAGUAGUAGUAACUAAGUUAGAAAAAACGUCUUAGUUAUUUUCGGCAGCUGCCAAGUGGGGGCGGAGCCAGAGGAGAGGCCGGGGUAGCACUGGACCCCCCUGAAAUCUGAUUGGACCCUCCAGGUGCCCCCCCCCUUCCAGAUGAUUGACAUAUCACACGUCACGGCACCGCACGUCUUGAAAUCUGUGACGCCUUUUGACUGCUAAAUCCCUCCUGUACAGUAGCUGGCGCUGUGUAGCACAAGGAGUUGUAAUCCACAUUUUCUAGGAGAAGAAGAAUCUGAACAGAAGAAGAGGAUUUGCCCCAGAGCCAGUGUACGUCACGACCUCCACCUAAAGUAAGUUGGACGGUGGUGUCACUGUUUAAAAUCACUUUAGUGUUCAGAUAGGAGAUCGUUUUGCGAGAAGCCACGGGUAUCAAGCUAACGUUAACAUGACGUUACAUCUCGUGGCGGUAAAAACGAAAAGUUAUCACCCAGCAGUGGCACGCAAGUGUUUCAAUAAGCAGCCAGUGCAGUGUGCCAGUCUCUCUCGCGGACAAGUUACAUCUCAUGGCGUCUACGCGUGACCAGUGUCAGCUUCCAACAGCCACUCCACAUUGAAUUCGGGUUGCUGCUUACAUGGACGUGUUUCUCCAAUGAUUUUUAGAGGAAUGAAACUGGUAGACAAUCGGGCAGUUUAGCUGUUUCAUGCUCUCUUGGCUUCAAUGAAAUAGAACGUGAAGGAGGCUGGGGGAUUAUCCUGAAACUCUUGCUAUAUACUGAAAUGUUUGUUUAAAAGCUUUAAAACUGACACCGCUACAGUGUCAAACGUGUUGCUUUUGCAUUUUUUCUCUUUUUAUGCAGCAUCUUAUUUCAUGCACAACAGGCGAGCUAAAAACAGAUUUAAGACAAACUAGAAGAGUGUUUUCAAAGAAAACUGUAGGAGUUGAGGGCAUCACAAAAGUGCUGUGAAUGAACUUGUUUAAAAAGCACAAAUACUGUAAUUCAAGAGAAUUCUGCCUUUUUAUUCAAUUAUUUUGUCCGUUUUAUUUUAUGAUUUGAUUCAAGAAGUCUGCCUUUUUCAACUACCAAAAAAAUAAGUCUGCCUUUUUAUUUACUUCAUAAAAAUUGUGCCUUGUUUCAUAUAUAUCAACUGCUUUCAUGUUUUCAACAGGGCAUAAAGGCUUUUGCGUUACUGGGCUAUUUUUUUGGGAAAUAAUAAAAAUAAGUAAAGUUGCUAAAGAAUGUCAAAAAAUUGGGUAACAUUUUAUUUCCCGAGGCAAAACCAGUUGGGAACCACUGAGUAGGUCAAAGUUUUAAUAUUAAACUUACAUCUACAGUGGUUUAUUUCCCCUGACAUUGUUUAGGCUUGAAGUGGCGAUUUGAUAACAUUGUGCAAUUGUAAGUGAUGCUAAGAGUAACAAAACUGGCCUUUUUUUCCAUAGGGUCCGUUGAGAAAUGAAAAGACAGGGAAACAAGAGAUAUAUCUUCUUUUUAAAGAGAAGCAAGUCAGGCAACGGCGCUGCCGGGCUGCCUGGUCCGGCUGAGUCAGAUCCAGGAGUGGCACAUCCACCGGACCGGACUGCAGAAGAUCCCCAACUUCGUCUCCUGCUUCCGCGAUCUCCUGGUCCUGGAUCUGUCGCGGAACGGGGUGAAAGAGAUCCCCAAAGAAAUCGGCGGGUUGAAGCGACUCCGAGAACUUUUGCUCAGCUACAACAGAGUCCUCUUUGUUCCGGAGGAGCUCGGAGACUGCGAGAGUCUGGAGAGGCUGGAACUCGCCAUGAACCGAGACCUGGACCAGCUUCCGGACAAGCUGAGCCAGCUGAGGCGUCUGGAUCGUCUGGACCUCUCCAUGAACGCGUUCGGCGCCGUCCCGCCGUGCCUGCUGCACAUGCCGGCGCUGGAGUGGCUGGACAUGGCGGGGAACCGGCUGCGCGCCCUACCCCGAGACAUCCACAGGAUGGAGAAGCUGCACACGCUGUGGCUGCAGAGGAACCAGCUGGAGAAAGUUCCAGAGAACAUCAGCAGGAUGCCCCGCCUGGACACGCUGGUCCUGAGCAGCAACCGACUGACGGACAUCCCCCCCGUCAUGGAGGACAUGGUCAACCUCAGCUGUACAAGAGGCGCAUCUUUCUCCAUGAGCUGGGGAAGACACUUGUCACACCACCCAUCCAACGGAGGCGGCACCUGCCAAGGACCCCGGCCGCUGCAGCCACAGUGAGGGAGAUCCAGGAGAGGACUCCACCUAGUACGCUAGAAGGUGAGGUUGCUGCUGGGGGGGAAAAGGAAGAGGAAGAGGUGCCAUAUCUGCAGGCCAUCUGAUGAUGUCAAGACAAGCAUGACCUGUGCGAAAUGUGCACAAUUAAUUUGCACAAAGAACAGUGUGAUGACAUGUCACUCGUGUGCUGUGUAGAUGUACAGACAGACAGACACACACAGACCUUGUUAUAUUGCUAUUGCUUGUUAUUUUGUUCAUUUCUGGUUCACAAACAAAAUUGAAAUGUUCUGUUUCAAUUUGAUGCCAAAUUAUUGUGUUUUAUAUGUUGCUCUUUCAAAAGUAAUAAAGUGGUGAAACAAUAAAAAACGUUUUUUUUAAAUGCAAAACGAGUGAAUUAUCCUAAUUAAACCAUGACGUGUGAGAGGUAAGGAACACGAUUGCAUUAAAUCUUGCUAGAAUAGUUAGUAAUGGAGUUAUUAACGAAAUAUUACCAACGCUUAUUGGGAAUGUUGGGGUUUCGGACAUCUUUUGGAUAAUUAAACAUGCACCGGGUCAAAUUGACCCGGGAACAUCAUUGAUGUCCCUGACAAAUGAACAUAACAGGAGGGUUAAGCCGGCGAGAGAGAACGUACCUGUGGAAGACAAAUGAAGCUCGUGGCCCAAAUGUUACGCGUGCGGUACGUUCGAAUGAAUGGGAGCUAGUGACACUCUUCAAAUAUCCACUCUCGCUUUCCUAACUAUUACUCGAUCUUUUUAUGGUUUCAUAAAUGUGAUAAAGUACAACAUACGGCAUGUGCAGCAUCGAACGUCUUUUACUGGCUCACUGUUCAAAGCGUCCAGAUAUCUAAUGGCUCAGUGUGCGGAGGUGAGUC